AUUCUCUUUGACCCCGAUCACCAUUACUGGCUCCUCCUCUUUCUUCUCUCCAUCUGGUUCCCUCCAUCAAUUCGCUUUUUUCGCACUCCAUCCUCGGACUCUGGAUUCUAAGGAAGACGCGUAUUAGUCGCCUGCCACCGUCACCAUGGGUGUGAAGGGCCUAUGGGAACUCUUGCACCCAGUCGCACGUCCUAUCAAGCUCGAUUCGCUUUCCAACAAGUAUCUCGCCAUCGAUGCUAGCAUCUGGCUGCACCAGUUCCUCCGAGGGAUGCGUGACAAGGAAGGCCAGGUCGUCGGAAAUGCGCACAUCAUCGGCUUCUUUCGAAGGAUCUGCAAGCUCCUGUUCUUCAACAUCAAGCCCAUCUUUGUCUUUGAUGGAGGCACGCCUGCUCUCAAGCGACUGACAAUACAAGAGAGACGCAAGCGCAAAAAGCAGGAUGCGAAUAUGGUCAAGCGUACAGCUGAGAAGCUGUUGGCGGCUCAACUCCGUUUACGUGCAAUAGAGCAGCGCAAGGCGGCUAGAAAGAAAAAGACAGAGGAAAAGCAGGAUAAACUGAGCGGUGUCAUCCACGAUUCGGAGGAGAGUCCAAAUUAUCUGGAUGCCAUUCAAAGCGAUGACACGGUCUUUGCAGAAAAGCAGGCUUUGAGCGCCACUAAAUUAAAGGCGGAGGCCGGCUUAGGGAGUCAGGCAAAACGGAUCAAGGACAAGUAUGUGCUUCCGCCCAUGGAGAUCGAUUUUGACACACUCUCCAAGAUCCGCAGCAACGAUGAGCGCUUUGGAUACCAGGCAGAUGAUGACGUGAGCGAAUUCCUGAAUGAGUUCAAGAAGGAGGAAGGCGUCACCAACAUCGACUCGGACGUCUUUAAGGCUCUGCCCCCGGAAAUGCAGUAUGAGAUUUUGCAUGACAUUCGACUGCGCUCCAGAGUCACAUCGUAUGAGCGCGUGCAGGAAAUGGUGCGACUUUCAAACACGCCUAUGGAUUUCUCAAAGCUGCAGGUCCAAGGAGUCAUCCGGCGCAGCAACGUAACCCAGAAGUUGCUCACAGUCAACCAGGCGGUCAGCAAGAUGGAAGAGACAUCCAGACCUGGCAGGAUCGCCUCGCAGCGGAAUCGACAGUACAUCUUAGUCAAGAACGAUGAGGGCGGAUGGGUGCUGGGUGGUAAAAAGCCAACAGCCGGACACUCAGCGGACAAGCCUGUGCAACUGGACUCUGAUGAAGAUGAAGCCUCAGCCAAGGAAGAGUUUAAGGAGGAAGACGAAGAAGGCUGGGUGAGUGGCGAUGACGACGAUGUCGAGUUGGAGGAGGUCAAGAUUUCUCAGCCCGUUAUGGAUCAUGCAUUGCACAUCGAUAACAAGCCAGUCCCGAGAGCAGCCGCCAACCCGAUACAGAAUACCAAAAUCGACGAUAGCAGCUCCCUUGUCAAUCGUCUAGAAGCGUACAUGGACGAGGACGAGCCGAUCGAAAAAGUAAUGGCCAAGUUUGCCGAGAUUGAGGAAACAGCUGCCAAGAAGAGAGCCCUUCAGAGUUCAGCGCGGCCUAUAGAAGGAAAUAUGGCAAGGAAGAUUGAAAAUGGCGGACUGCGGACUAUCGGCGAGCAGGAUGUUAUUCAAGUCCAGGAGGGAGCUCGACAGCACCUUGCUAAGGGCGGACUAAGGCUCGGGAAUGAGGAACAAUGGCGUGAGGUUCUCUCUGAUGGGGAGGAGCUGGACUCUAUGGAUACGGUCCACUCAAUUAACUCUCUGGAUACGCUCCAUUCGGAUAAUACUCUGGAUUACGAGGAUUUUGACGAUAUGGUCGAGGAUGAACAGACGGGCGAAAUCUUGUCGCGCCAGAUCUACAAUAGCCGACAUCACACUCAGGAUAAUGGACGGGCACUUUCAACAGAAGAGGAAUCCCGACUUGACCUUGAAGGCUUUUACGAUUAUUGGACUGGUUACACACCGGACUCCUUCAAGAUCAAGCAUCACAACCAUGGAUGGAUGAUACGGGACGCUAUCUAUGAAUGGGACGAGAAUCGAUUGGAAGGCGAGGUUCAUUCUGCAACGAGGAAGCUGGAGAAAUCAAAUGCGAACGACACCCUUGGCCUGGAGGCCCUCGGUUUCUGGAAGUCGUUUCUGGAAUCUGUGCUCUGUCGAAGGCUAGUACAGCGCGCUGCGCGCUCGGAAGUCGAAGAGAGCCUGAGAGACCUGGAAGAGUCCAAAGAGAAUGUUCUACAGGCGCUCAGGAAGUCAGGGGCGCAGCGAAAGAGCCGACUCUCACAGCUGAUCUCUCUGGACGACGAUGAUGACAACGGAGUCAAUGACCAGGACGUUGGAAAGCUCGGUUUAUAUGGAGCAUUGUACAAAAGGGAGGGCUCUAAAUCGCUCGAUAAUUCGCCAGCAUUAGCACCAAGCCAAAAAUUGCUCACUCCAGCUGGAACAGCCAUCAUUGAGACGCCAGGGACAACGCUUACUGCUUCAUCGACCCAAGUCCUCGAGGAAUCAGCCGUACCACGUCGCCCGAUCCUCGACUUUCACUCGUCGAUUUUGAAGCGCCAAGCGCCAACAGCGACCUCUGAAACGCAGCGCGUGUCGAUACUAUCUGGAUCGGAAAGAGGGCAUGUUAUCAACUCGAAACCCAUAUUGCCUCUUGAUUCAAUACAGGUAGCAUUGACCGACGAAGAGAUUGAUAUGACUACAAUCAUUAAUGAAUCUACCGACGACUCGGGCCUUGGCUCGUUGAUCUCAAGUCCAACUGUAGAUGUCAAAGCUAGUCCUAUACCCAAUGUCGAUAGGGAUCUGGGAUCUACCCUGGGCGACAAUGUAGAUAUGGACCUGGCAAGUGAGGUGGCAGCCUCUGCCGAGAAAACAGAACUACUUACGGAAGAUUUGGAGGUCGAUACGAGAGAUGUGCUUCGUAGAAAGGGUGACAGCGAGGAUGAAGAAGAGGAGGACGAGGAUGAGGCUCAUGAGGCGGACUUCGAGGACGAGGAGCAGGAUUUCACCAACCUGUUCCCGGAUAUGGCCAACCUCCCAGGCGCGAUUCUAAAUCCUAAGGAACCAUUGCUCUCAGCGAAAACGCUUCCGGAACGGCCAGCGCUCACUGCGGAGGAGAUUGAAGCACGUGAACAGCAGGAUGCGAGGAAGAUGUUUGAGGAGUCGAAGCAGCUUGAGAAUGAGAUUAAAGAGCUACAGGAUCAGCGUCGCAAGCAUCAGCGCGACGCAGAUGACCUGACAGAGAGCAUGGUGGUGGAGACUAAAAUGCUGCUACGACUCUUUGGCAUCCCCUAUCUUGUCGCACCAAUGGAGGCCGAAGCGCAGUGCGCUGAUCUCCAGAUAAGAGGCGUUGUUGAUGGUAUCCUGACGGAGGAUAGCGACGUAUUCCUAUUUGGCGGCGCAAGGAUCUUCAAGAACAUGUUCAAGGAGGAGAAAUACGUUGAGUGUUAUUUGAUGAGCGAUAUCGAGCGAGACCUCGGUGUUGGACGUGAUCGACUAGUAGCGUUGGCCUAUCUCCUGGGGAGCGAUUAUACGACAGGAAUCAAGGGUAUCGGUCUGAUCACUGCGAUGGAGAUUAUCAGGCUGUUCCCGAAACUGGAGGACUUCGCGCGAUGGUGGAGGGGCGAGCAGAGUAAACUGAGUGGAACCGACGACGCCAAAGAUAAAGAUCAAAGCAAGGGACUGACGACUUCGGAGAUGGACUCGAUCGAUGAAAUUGCACUUGAGAAACUGGCCAAGCAAUGCAAGAAGAUCCAUGUGCCGUCCCUGUUCCCAGACCCUCAUGUGAGGGAUGCCUAUAUCCGCCCCUUAGUCGAUGAUGACCCUGCGAAGUUUCAGUGGGGCAUUCCUGAUUUGGAUGGCCUUCGCGAUUUCCUCCGCAGAUCGCUGGGCUGGGAUCGCGGCGAGGUUGACCGAGUGCUCUUGCCGAUUAUCCGACAGAUGUCAAGUCAACAGCAGACGACGCAAACUUCAUUGGAUAGCUUUUUUGACGCGUCAGCGGGUACAAGCAGUUUCCAGGCGCCGAUGCGUAGGAACCUGCAUAAGAGUGCGAAAUUGCGCAAAAUCGUGGAUGGACUGACGGGUCAUGGUUCUCCGAAAGCCAGCACGGAUAGCGACGUUGUAUCAGAGCCGAAGAAGGGCGGGAAGAAGACGACCACUAAACGGGCGCCAGUAAAGCGCAAGGCUGCCACUAAGGAGUUUAAGCAACCCGGUGACGGCAACGGAUAUGACGAGAGAGAUACCAAUGCAGGUGAUAAUGGCAACGUAUCAGUCGUCAAUACGACGGAUGAUGGCGACGAGGAAGGCUUCGUGGAUGAGCUGGAAGAGAAGCGACAGAAGACAAGUCGAGUAACGGCUGCCAAGAAGACGAGAACCCCUCAGACCAAGAUCCCAGAGGCUGUUACUGCUGCUAAACAACAACUGCGGUCUAAGAACGUGGAGACCAAGCUGGCGGAACGUAACAGGGUCCGAACUGCUGCUGCUGCUGCUGCUGCUGCUGCUGCCGCUACAAAUGCUGGUGCGAAUGUAGACGAUGGAAGCCAGACGAAGCAUCGGAAGCGGUCAAACGAUGGCUCAGACAGGAACUCCAGCAGCUGCGAUGAUGAUGACGAUGAUAAUGAUGGGGAGUUGAACGACUUUGCGCCUAGUCAUUGGGAUACAUUUGCGGAAAGACAGCGUCAAUCACAGAUGCAACAGGGACAGGAGCAACAACAGCCGCCCCAGCGGAAACGAGGUGAUGCAGCAGACAAGAUCUCGGGAGUAGCCUCAUCGUUGACUGCACUGGUCUCGGCCUCGAAUGCUGCUAGAUACGGAUCGUCCAGCUUUAGGAAUAAGGAGACGGGCGGUGCGAAGAAAGCGGCACCGUCGAGUCCGGCAAAGAAGUCUCGUAUGUCAAAGUGAAGCAUGGGCGGGGAUGGUUAGAGAAGAGAACUUUUAAUAAAC